AUGCGGGCGGAGGAGCCGCUGGCGCUGGCGGCCCCGCGAGCGGGCGGCGAGGCGGAGGCGGAGGUGCCCGGCGAGGAACGGAGCGGCGGCAGCUGCUGCAGCAGCGAGCGCCUGGUGAUCAACAUCUCGGGGCUGCGUUUCGAGACGCAGCUGCGUACCCUCUCCAUCUUCCCCGACACGCUGCUGGGCGACCCCAGCCGCCGGGUGCGCUACUUCGACCCGCUCCGCAACGAGUACUUCUUCGACCGCAACCGACCCAGCUUCGACGCCAUCCUCUACUACUACCAGUCCGGGGGACGGCUCCGCCGGCCGGUCCAUGUGCCCCUCGACAUCUUCCUGGAGGAGAUCCGCUUCUACCAGCUGGGCCAGGAGGCUAUCGAGACAUUCCGGGAGGAUGAGGGCUUCAUCCCAGAGGAGGAGAAGCCUCUGCCCCAGCACCACUUCCAACGCCAGGUCUGGCUGCUCUUUGAGUACCCCGAGAGCUCCGGGCCAGCCCGGGCCAUCGCUAUCGUCUCCGUGCUGGUCAUUCUCAUUUCCAUCGUCAUCUUCUGCCUGGAGACCCUGCCCGAGUUCCGCCAGGAGCCCAAGGGACCCCAGCCUGGCUUCGGGGAGGCUGCUCCUCUCGGGGACGAGGCACUGCUGUUGCCGCCGCUGCCCCCGCCAAGCGGAACCCCCCCGCCUCUGCGCCCCGCCGCUGGCUCCGGCCCGUUCUUCACAGACCCCUUCUUCCUCAUCGAGACCCUGUGCAUCAUCUGGUUCUCCUUUGAGCUCCUCGUGCGCUUCUUUGCCUGCCCCAGCAAGCCCGAGUUCUCCCGCAACAUCAUGAACAUCAUCGACAUCGUGGCCAUCAUCCCCUACUUCAUCACCCUGGGCACCGAGCUGGCCCAGCAGCAGCAGCAGAAGCAGCAGCCUGGGAGCAGCAGCAACAAUGGGGGCCAGCAGCAAGCCAUGUCCCUGGCCAUCCUCAGAGUCAUCCGCCUGGUCAGAGUCUUCAGGAUCUUCAAGCUCUCCAGGCACUCCAAGGGGCUGCAGAUCUUAGGGAAGACUCUCCAGGCCAGCAUGAGGGAGCUGGGCCUCCUCAUCUUCUUCCUUUUCAUUGGGGUGAUCCUCUUCUCCAGUGCUGUCUACUUUGCAGAGACUGAUGACCCUGACUCGCUGUUCACCAGCAUCCCUGAUGCUUUCUGGUGGGCAGUGGUGUCCAUGACCACCGUGGGCUAUGGGGACAUGUAUCCCAUGACCAUUGGUGGCAAGAUUGUGGGCUCCUUGUGUGCCAUUGCUGGUGUGCUCACCAUUGCUCUCCCUGUCCCUGUCAUCGUGUCCAACUUCAACUACUUCUACCACCGAGAGACUGACCAUGAGGAGCAGUGCCAGUACACCCACGUCACCUGUGGCCAGCAACAGUCACCCUUCUCUGAGCCCAAGAAAGGGGACAGUAAUCAGUCCCUCAGCAAAUCUGAAUUCCUGGAAGCAGAAGACCUGGAGUCCAUGAAGUAUUCCAACUUCAUUCCUCCCAAUAACCAGGGAUAUAAAGAGAAGAAAAUGCUGACAGAGGUGUGAUGGGUUUUGUUGUCCUGGGUCCAGACAUGGAGCUGCAAGCCACUGUUACAGUUGUCUUCCUACAAGCAGCUGGAUCUAUUCAGCAUUUACAUGCCAGACUGUGAAUUGUGAUACCGUAAACAGAAUGAUUGUGAUAAUGGGCUCUUCUGGCCUGAUUUGCUGUUUCUCAUUACUGUGUGCAGCCAGAAAUGUUCUUGCUUUAUUCGGUGGAGUGCUAGCUGUCAUCCCCACUCCCUUAUGCAUUUCUUUCUCUGCUUUUGAUGACUGCUUUAAUCCAACAUUUGCUCUGAGACCAAGCCUUGUAACUCCACUAGCAGAGAAGUCCUUGCCACUGCUUCAGCAGAAGCAUUCAGCAGUGUAAACAGUUAAAGGGGCUACAAACAUCUGGCUCGAGCCGUGCUCUCAGUCUCUGAGCCAGUGCGGUGCCCUUGGCUGUGGAAUCAGUCACGCCUGCCAUGCCAUUGCCUUUGAAUAAUGGAAACGCUGCAGCCAGGAUCACAGGGAGCUCUGCAGCUGUAAGGGAAAACCAGCAAGCAGAUUCCUGCCUUCUUUGCAACCCUUGCAAUACUAAAAGAUCCUCCUGGUUUGGGUUUCAAAAAAAGAAAAAAAAGUGCAUAAAUCUAAAAGCUCUUUGCUACUUGUGACCAUACAUCAUGUAUCAAAAACAGGCUUAAAACAGUGAACAAACUUGGUGAAGAUUCUCUGUGUUUUGAGCUUAUCUCAGCCUUAUUUAUGCCAGUACCCUGAUGUUAAUUGGCUUUUAUAGUACCAACUUAAUCUUCAUAGUGGUAAGUGCCUUCUGAUACAAGGCGUGUUUGAGUAAAUUCAUUUGUUAUCUGCAGAGUUCAUCUUCACACAAUAGCGUUUAAUGAGAUGUGCUUUGUGCUUCAGAUACCCAGCUCUGUAUUGGGCAUGUGAGAGCAGUUGACUCCUCUGCUUCUUUUGAUUGAGCAUUUGUGUAGCUGAGGAAAGUUUGCAUGUUGACGUUUUGUUGAUGUGGCAGGAAAAUCCUGACUACAGAAAGCUCUGCACCUGUGCUGUGUGAGGAUCGUGCUGGUUUAGCAAGUCACAGGUAUAAAAUGCUCCAGGGUGAAUGUGUCAACAUUUGAAACUGAGACUGACACAGAUAAAAACUUCCCUAAACUGUCUGCACAAAGCCAGCAAUAGCCAACAGACCCUUUAAAUGAGGGGAGAAACAGCGAGACCCAAAGAGAUGUUCUUGCUGUAUUGCUGGCCUAGCCAGUUCCUGGUAUUUCAUGGAUAGGAGCGACAGCAGUGUUUUUGUAAUUGGUUUUAUGAGAGCAGUUUGUGCCAGCCAUGCAAAAUAUGCAUAGCUUGGCCUGCAGUGCCAGGUUUGCCAAGGGACCAGAGAUUUCUAUCUUCAAAUACACAUUUUGCUUCCCAGAUAAUUUCAUUAGUUUCACUCAGCUCUGCCUUACACCUAACUUUUAAAAUGUUUCAAGCUCUGCCAGCAGGUAAGAAAGGGAAAUGUAUGCUUUCAGAUUCCACUAGCAGAUUUUCCUGCAAGGAAAAAUCCUUCUUGUUUGAAUUCUAAGUGUUUAUUCUGCUUUCACAUGUCUGCAUGUGUAUGAAAGCAAAGGCAGCCAUUAAUGUCUUGAAUUACAGUGUAUGAAAUGCAUAUUGGAAUGUACUAUAUAUUGCAUGGGACACAUGUAAUACAUAAAACAGACAUAAUGCCAAGGUGCAAAAAUAUAGAGAAUAGAUUUUGUAUAUAUAUUGUGCUUUUCAGCCAUAAGACUAAGAAUGCUAAAGGCAUAUCAUAGAAUCAGAAUGACGUGUGUUGGAAGGGACCUUAAAGGUCAUCUCUUUCCAGGGAGGGAAACCUUCCACUAGACCAGGUUGCUCAGAGCCCUAUCCUUUAUUAUAGUCAAAACUGGCCAUAGAACUGGUUAUGAGGUGGUAUCUGUUUGCAUCUUCAUUACUCUGUUUUCAAUUGUCUUGAGAUAUGGCUCCAUGCCUAGAGUGCUUUUAUUGAGGCCUGUCUCCAUCCUGGCCCUGCUCAUAUGGUAGAAGUUGUUUGUGCAAAUCCUAACUACUCCUUUUCUCCAGAGUGCUGUUGCCUUCUCAAAUGUUUUUAGUGUGGAGGGAUCUCCCUUGGGGUCAGCACACAACCAUUAUAUUAAAACCUCUGCUCUCUCUCUCUUGCUGAAAUCAGUAGGAAAAUGCCACUUCUCUCAGUCUGGAAGAAACAAGUUUGAUGUGUGUGGAGAUUCUCAGUUCAGUCAAAGAAAGAACAGAGAUAAUUUCUCCCAGCCUGAGCUUAGAAAUCUUAGAGGAAAGAAUUAGAACAGUUAUUAUCUCUCUUUCUGUAACCAUUGUUUAUAGUUAUGGUUUUCCACAGUGUGCUAUUCAUAGUGCACCAAUAGUGUGAGAUGAUUCUACUUUAAAACCAACCAAGUAUCACCUUAACAAACCACAUUAUAAAAAUACCUGCUACUUUCAUUAAAAUUAACCUUCUUAUUCACCUAAAAACUAAAAUCUUUCUUUCCAUCCCUAACUCAGCAACAUCAGAUGUAGUGAGGGCUCAUAGCUCAGAGGGGUUUACCUGAAUAAAGCCUAAUUUCUCUUUGCUUCAUGGGACUGAAGCAAAGGUUUGUGAAGUUCUGAGCCUUGGGGACCAUUCUGCAUCCCUUGACACCUAUAAUCAGCUGGUGGGUAAAUUGUCCUGGUAAAUAAGUGGGACUGAGGGGCAUGGUGGCAUCUCUGUUGAUUUUGUGUAAAAGUUGUCCAGUUCUUAGCAUGUCUUAGUCUUGGUGGUGUUCUUAGUUGAGUUUCAGGGUCACCUUAAUGAAAUCUUUACUGUGAGGCAAGAGAGGCACUGGUCUUCAAAUUUCGUAUUGCUAGAAACUAGCAAAAGAAGCUGCUAUUUAAUAAGAGGGAUGUUUUGAGGCAGCUGCCCUUUCCCAGCAGAAUGCCCAUGUUUGGGGAUAUUUUAUGCCUGAGUCUAUCAGCUGAUAAAAGUUCCCCCAAAGUAAGAUAUAAAAAAAUCAGGUUGAACACAAGUUCAGGAGGAGUCAUGAGACACGCUGAGCCUACGUCAGAAAAUUCCUGGGCUCAUUUCUCCCCCUGGACCUGGCCCUGUUGGCCCUGCCAGAUGAGAGCCCUCCUUGCCCAGAACAGAUUGUUCUCCUGACCAGCAUGACAGACAGAUGGACAUGGAGACUCUAGCAACAAAAAAAGAUCACUGGUAGCACAAUCUCAGUGUGUCUUACACAGAUCCUCCUGGAAAGAGGUGUCCUGCCCUUGGGUGGAAUCCAGCAGUGAGUUUCUAGUGGGUAUUGGAUUCUCCCUCCCGCAGAUCGCACCCAAGGUGUGAAGGAAUUUUUGUGGUGAGCAAGGCAGCUCUGUGCAGUUUUUGUGAGCCACAUUAGUCAGUUCUGAAAAGAAAAGGGCACAUGAAAAAGUGUAAAGCAGGAGUGGUGUUUGCUCCUUGGGUUUUCUAUGUUUACUCUAAGAGAAAUACAGACCACCAGCAGAAGCAUGGAAACUGUAACCUUGGGACUCAUUUGAGGCACGUAAAUCCUUCUCAAAGCACCUCCUGAAAAGCAGUGAAGUCCCAGAGUCAUCAGUAAUGCUAUAUGUUACAGAACUUGUGGAAUCUGACCUUUUUUAAGGAGCCUUCAGAUUUUUUUUUUUUCAUGUGACUGAAAUGACACUGUGGCACCCAUUGACUUUACCCGAGGUCUUGUGCCACUGAAUCACAGAGAUGCUUUCAAAAACCUUACCUCAAGUUCUCAGCCCUUGGCACUUCCCCCCAGCUGCUCAAAAUGCAAAUCAGUUUCCUUCUGAGGGUAGAGCACAUCCCUGUGAAGCCAAGUAGGCACCUCCAGGGACUUGUUUCCAUAACAACCUCCCGGACUGUUUCUCUCUGUGCUUUGAUUGUGGCUACAAGCAAAAGCACUCCUUGGAUAUUUUGUGUUCAGAUAUCAGCACCUUAUCUUUACAGAUGUUUUCUUUGCCUAGUGGAGCUGAUCCCAUCACCUUAUAUCAUGUACAGGACAGCUGCCCUGUCCAACUUCAGGUGGGCAGUUUCCAGCCUUUGAAAGCAGAGAGUGUAAACCUGGAGAGGGGAAGAGAUUUUAUUCGUCCAUUCUUGCACACAGAGAGCUGGAGAGUGUGUGAAGAACAAUCUGAGCACUCAGCCAGGGAGCUGAGGGGCAACUGGUCUGAUGUAGAGUCACCUGUGUGCCUGAUGACAAGGAAUACAGCUAAAGCAUUACAUUAAAGAUCCAGAAAUUCCUCUUGCAGCAAUCUCACUAGGAAAUAGUUUUGCAGUGGAAGAGACUAUUCCCCCUGGCUGGUUUGUGACAGUUGGUUCCUCUGAUCAUUUUCCCACAGGAUGUUUUCACCAAAGCAGGACAGGGCAGAAAUCAUCUCCUUGGAGGUGGGGAAGGAAGGAAGGAAGGAAAGGACAAAUUUUACUGAGGACACCAUUUUUUUAUCCACUCAAAGGUCUGGAAGCAUGAAAGGCAUGAAGACCUGUUCUGAGGUGUUUUACUGUUGGACUCCAAGAUGAAAUUCCUGUUCUGCUCCUUCUUGGAAAAUACUGGAAUUUGGGAUUUUUUAGUAAUUUUGGGCCUCUUGAUUCCACUUUCAUGGAUAAAAAUGCACUGCUACAGCAGCUGUGGGGGUGAAGGUGACUGAACUUGGUCUUCUGUCCUGGGUCCUCUCAUUCAGAGGUCCCUAUGGGAUAAAGAAGAGUGAGUGUAAAAAAAAUUCAGGGCAGCAAGAGACAGGGUAAGGACUGAAAUGUCUUCCACAUGCUGAUGGAAAGAGCAGCAUCAACCCUAAAAGCAAAGGAACAAACAGCUCCAGCAUCUGCUGCUAUGGCAGAAAUAGGUCCUGUUUACAUCAGGGAAAGAUCUGCAGAUUACAGCAGGAGUCAACCACAGCUUUCCCAAAAGCUUCUACCUGACUCGAGUCCAAGGUAAGAUAAACGUUUCCAUAGGAUUGUGGAUGGUAUGACUCCUGAUUUAAAUGAGUGUGAGAGAAGAAUCAAGCUCAAAGAAGAUGACCGCUGGAUUCUGUAUGCUGCAAGGCUGUUCUGUCAGGACGCUGCAAAAGAGGUUGUUGCAUCUUCUUCCUGUAAAGCUGGUGGAGUUUCUCUCUAUGCAGGGGGUGCAACUUUUAUGGUCAGGAAACUGUUUUCCUUGCUCUGUGGUUUUCUUGCUGCUGCUGCUUUUAAAGGGGUCAACACUCUUAGUUCUAGGAAACUGAAACUAAAUGUGAGCAGGGACUGGAGGAAGGAAGCAGGGAGAAUCCCCUGCAAGAUUCCAAUGCAUCUUAUUUCUGGAAAAACUAAAUAAAGCAGGAUUCAUCUGCAAGUGACUAAAUAGCAGCAAUUUAUGAGCUGUUCCUCAAAAGCCCCAGACAAGCACCGAGUCCUGUGGGAAGCUGGAGAUUGACACAGGACACCUCCAGAAGAAUCUGCUGUUGAAACUUCCUUUAAGCCUUUUUUUCAAGUGGAGCAUCCAGACCUGGCAAAUGCAUAAGGGCAGCCCUUAAAAGAGCAAAGAGCUCUCUAAGAAAACCAAAUGAGCGGCCAAAGUCUGUCCAUUUGUCUGCCUGUCUUUUAAGCCUUAGAUUACUGUGCUUUUCAAAGCUGUGCUUUCAUAACUUGGAUAAAAAGGUAGAUGUUUCAUAUAGCUCUACAAGUAGCAAUCAUCCUUUUCAUGCAAAAUAUCUGCUGCCUGAGGGAUGGGCCCAAACCAGAGGUGUUUCUCAUUUACCUACAAAGUGUCUGGCUUUAGCAUCUGUAGUCAGUUUUUGUGAACAUGUGAACCAUUGCCUGCUCUAAUGGAGUUAGUGACUUAUUUUCAGUGGUUGUAGAGAGUUUCACUGAAAUAGCAGUCUUUGUAGUCCAUUGUGUGACUUAGGAGACACAAUAGCCAGACAAUUCUGCAAUUGUAAUAUAACUGUCUGUGGCAUUCCCAGAAAAUGCUCUGAAGUCUUCUCCUGUUGCACUAUGGUGGUAAAGACUUCUGCUGCUUUUCAAGCUCCAUGAGUCCAUGAUGUGCUGUGCUGAAAGUGAUAGAAAACCCAAUUAGCUUUGAAAAUGAAGGGCAGAGAGGGGUGCUCUGGCCUGGAAUUCUCUCCUUUUGGCAGCAGCAAAGGUCAGCCAUGCAGCCAAAUUUCCAUGAGCACAUGUGGAUCCAGCUUGUUUGUGCUGCCAGCUCUCUGCACAGCGGAGUAGGGGCAGGGUAGGAAGAAUUGAUUCUGGAAGGGGGAAGCCUGAGGGGAAGAGUGGAGUUAAAUGUGAUAGCUGGGACUUCCAGAAAGUAGUUUGAUGGAUGCUGGGCAUCCAGGUUCCCUAGAACUCUUUAUCAGUAACACUCUCUGUAUCUCCCUGGGUGAAUUUUAGCCUGUCUGGCACUUUUCAGCAUCAGUGUGUGAGGGAAAAGAAGUGGGACGCAGCUCUUUCUGAUUUGGCAUCUGAUUUUUCUGGGACUUCAAUGCAUCUUUGUGCUGCUGGCUGAGGGUCUGGAUCUCUGAGGAGCUUCCUGACUACCUGUGGUUCCCACAGGCUUGUAGGACUGGGCUUAGAGAAACCCUGAGCUGCCAGAUGGAGGCUGCUCCUGGUGCAGCUCUUCUGAGUAGUCCUGGGUGUGGAAGUGAGCCUGCAGUCCUUGGGAGGUAAAAUGCACUCCACAAUCCCAAGGGACCUGCUCUAUCUCUCAGCGCAGGCCAGCUGUGGGAAUCCUCCAAGUCCCUUUAUCCUGAUCUGUGUGUCAAGGCCAUGUGGCUGACCAUGAGUGACCAGAGCUGCCAUGGACCUUUCUUGCAAGGGCAGUUGUCUUCAGAGUCAGCGUAGGUGCAGGUUGCCUUUGGAAAAGUGUGAAUAUCCUGGGGAAAUCCAUGGGGCAGAAAUCUUGGGCCAUACUGUGUGCUCACACUAUCAGCAGGCAUGACAUUGGCAGGCAUGCUUUGCUUUUGGUGUGAAAUCUUGCUCUGAUGAAUCACCAAGAAAAACAGCUGGAAUUUGCAGGCCAAGUCUUGUGGUGAGAUAAGUAAUUCCAGCUCCCUUACUGGAUCUGAUUUAUACAGGUCAGGUCCAAUAUUUCUGAGAAAUUGUUGAUGGUGGGGGCUUUUUUGUUUGUUUCAGUGAAAACUCAAACCCUUUCAAAUAAAGAGCAAAUGAGGUAUAGGGAAUUUUUAGCUGGAGUAUGUGCUUCAGGAUGUUUGCUACAUUUAGGCUUUGAGAACACAAAUUCUCUGCAGACUACCCCACAUACAGUGGGAAACGAGGUUAUUUGGCUUGGAAGUGCAACAGGGAGAUGGGACUCAAGUGAGCUUUGAACAGCAAUCAUUGUUAUUAGUGGUGGUGCCAUAUUAUGUGCUUGACUCAAAUCCAGCAUUACACAGGUGAGAACCUGGUGAAACCUUGUAACGUGAUAUUUGUUGUUGUUCCUGCCAGUGUGAUCCACUGUUGAAUAGGCUAAACAUGAAUAAAAU